GAUGAAGUGGAAUAAAUACAUUUUUUCUGUCAUUUUAUUGUUAUUCAACUUUGAAUUAGUAUACAAUUAAGCAUGUUAGAGAAGAGAGGCAAGAUUAAAGUUUAUUACUAGGGGAAAGUAUAAAAAUGUGCUAAACUAUAAUAUGGGUGCUUUAAUCUCAUCAAAAGUAAUAAAUGGAUUUUCAGGAGGUAAUUAAGGUAGUUGUUACCGUGAUACUAUUUAUACUAUUACAGGUGGAUAUGGAUUUACAGCAAGUGCUUUAGGUAACUCAAUAAUUUUCGAUUUAUAAGAAUAAUAUUAAUUAAACACUUUAAAAAUAUGGUUUUGGGACUAAUCCUACAGAUUCUAUACAAUAAAAAUUUAUUUAAUUUAUAAUGAUGUAGAAACAAUAAUCUAUGAAAGCACUUUAGUAUAAAGCAUAACCACUAUUAAGUUUUCUGACUAAUCUGUAUAAAAAUUUAAAAUAUACAAUGAAAAUGGAAAUACCUAAAAUACUGGACUUCAUAUAAUAAAAGCGGAAGCUUAUUAUAAGCUCCAAACAAAUAUGUGA